AUGCAUGGCAUUGGACCUUUCUCCGUGCCAAAAUCCAUCACCUCCAGCUCAGAAUUUAUCAAGAACAAUGAAUUAUGGCAAACUACACCGUCUCCAGGAGCCACAGGUGGCUUGGAUUUCACUCAGCUCCUGGUUUGUGCAAUAGAGAAUGCAAAUGAAACAUUAGCCUGGCAAAAACAAGCUAAUGCCAAUAUAGGGAGAGGAAAGAGAGCAUUUGCGAAGAAUUACAGAGAUACGCAGGGUCUGGUGUCAAAGCCCUUGGAAGAGCUGGUAGAAGGGGAGAGAUACUCCCUCAUUCUUGCUGCUAAAGCUAGAAAUGACUUUAGCAGUCCAAAAGUCCAAGCCUUUACAGACACUUACAAUGCAUUGCUAAGAGGGUAUAAUGAGCGUUCUGUUGAGCACGUCAACCAGAGGUGCUGCCUUAGUGGCCGGGACUCAAAAACAGUGGCGGCUACUGAUAGAGAACUAGAUGGACUAGCCCCAGAAAAGACACCCCGGGAUAGAGAAAAGAAGGCAGAACAGUCAGAUGUAUCUAUUUCUCCUAGAACCUCAGAACAUUGCUUUUCAAGGUCACGGCCACGGUCAAGAGAAAGAAAGCGAAAAUCACAUAAUGAAGGAAGAAAGCGUAGGAGCCGGAGCAGAAGCAAAGAGGCAAGAAGACAUGAAUCCAAAGAUAAGUCCUCUAAGAGACAUAAGUCUGAGGAGCACAGUGACAAAGGACAUUCUUCUGAGAGAGGAGGAGAGCGAUUAACUUCAUCUGAAAAUGGCGAGGACAGACACGAAUGCAAGGAAAGGAAGUCAUCGCGAGGCAGAAGUCACUCAAGAUCCAGAUCUCCUGAAAGGCACCAUCAAAGUAGAAGCAGGGAGCGGAAGAAGUCUGGUUCCAGGAGUAGGGAUAGAAAAACAUCUCGAUCCAGAAGCUGAGAUAGGAAGAAGUCAAGAUCUAGAAGCAGGGAUAGAAAACGAAGGAUUAGAACACGUUCCCGAUCAAGGUCCAGACACAGGCAUGGAACUAGAAGCAGGAGCAGAUCAAGGAGUCGAAGCCGAGGUAGAAAGAAGAGAAUUGAAAAACCAAGAGGGUUUAGCAGAAGUCUAAGCCGGACACCGAGUCCACCUCCCUUCAGAGGAAGAAACACAGCAAUGGACGCCCAGGAAGCUUUAGCUAGAAGAUUGGAAAGGGCAAAGAAAUUACAAGAACAGCGAGAAAAGGAAAUGGUUGAAAAACAAAAAUACGAAGAAAGGGCUGCAGCAGCUGCCGCCACUGGAGGUCCUGUUCUCAAUUUUGCUGCACUGUUAGCAUCAGGAACACAAGGGACUCCUCAGAUAGCUAUGGCAGCUCAAACAGCAGCUCAAACGGCAGCCCUGCAAGCGAAAGCCUUGGCAGAGGCUGGCAUAGCUGUACCCAGCUACUAUAACCCAGCCGCUGUGAAUCGUAUGAAGUUUGCCGAGCGAGAGAAAAAGAGGAAAAUGCUCUGGCAAGGCAAGAAAGACGGAGACAAAUCUCAGUCUGCUGAAAUAUGGGAAAAAUUAAAUUUUGGAAACAAGGACCAAAAUGUCAAAUUUAGGAAGUUGAUGGGCAUUAAGAGUGAAGAUGAAGCUGACUGUAGCUCAGUUGAUGAAGAAAGUUACACGACUUUGAAGCAACAAGAAGUUUUUCGGAAUCUUGAUGCUCAGUAUGAAAUGGCAAGAUCACAAACCCACACACAGGGAGGAAUGGGUUUGGGUUUCACAUCUUCAGUGCGUGGAAUGGAUACACAACCACCACAGAUGGCAGGGGCCCUGGACACUCAUACCAUUGUCACAAAGAACCAGGGCCUUAAUUUGUCCGUCCAAGGAGCAUGGACGGAGGACUGUCUUCCCAUCUGCAUCUUCCUUACGGCCCACCGUUUCUUUUCCACGUUUGUUUCCACCAGUCCUUGGCAAUCUGUUAGUAAUACUGCAGGUGGCCUGGAGUCCCCAGACUCAGCAGUGUCUGCGUGCAUACAAGGAGUAUAUUCAGGGUCACUAAUGCACAUGACAGUUCAGACAAAGGCCAUGGAAGAUGGGUCAGGGCAGCCGACUCUACUGAGUCUUUGUGAUGUGUCUUUGCGGAGAAAUGGUUUGGCUGGCAUCACGCAUGCUAUGGCCUCUGAUCGCAUGUCCACCCCCACUUCUGCUCUCCUUCCCCCUCAGCAGCCUCCUCCUAUGUCACUGAUGGUGCCUACAUGCGUCAUUUGCAACCUCUCCCCGUGGCUGGAACAUCACCGAAUCUAUGAAUAG